UAUAUGUGUAUCCUGAAUAUGUCUUUAAAAAAAAUCGAGUCGCAUUUCGAUCGAAAGUAACUUCACGAGUCUUACGAGUUCGGCAGAGAAAUUUAUGUGAUUUCAUUCAAAAUUAUUAAUGAUAAAUUCAUGGUGAAAUAUUUGUCGACAGUCUAUUGAAAUAUACGAGAAAAUGAAUAAUUCGAAUCACAAUACGGGGCGUAAGAAAAGCUCGAUCAAGCACUCUGAUUUAUUUGUUUUAAGUCAACAAAUAGUGGAUAUCAGGAGACAACGAUUGUAUCAGAAUUACAGAAGUGCGGAUGCCACUGUGGUGUGGGAACGAAUAUCCCAUAGUUAUCGAAUCGUCGACCUUCAAUUGGACAGAUUUAUCCAAUCUUUACGCUUUGUUCUAGUCCAUUACUGUCAAACUGAGCCACUGGCUCAAGUUGUGGGUUUGUACGACGAUGGUGUAUCAAUGAGAUCCCUUCUCCAUCAGAUUUUCGAUAAAAUGUCUGAAAAUUUGAGCUUUUGCGCUCUUGAAGAUGGAACUUGUGAACUCGUGGGUGUGCUCGUUGCCUCUAUGUUCGAUAAGACUCGAUGCAAAUUCGCAUUAGAGUAUCCUGGAGACGGACUUAGGCAAAUAACGAUAAUGCGAGAUUAUGCCAUUACCAAGGCAAUGUUUUACGAAAUUAUGGGCGCGGAGAAACCGGUGCGUAUUGACAUUCUUUGCGUAAGGUCUGAUCAUCAGAGAAAAGGCAUUGCUACCGCGUUGUUACGUUCCUGUCUUGCUCGAAUCAGUGGUUUCGCGUCUGUUUGUGUCGGGGAAUUCACUUCCGGUGCUUCUCAAACGAUCGCUCAAAGAUUACAGUUCGAGGUACUCUGCGAAUUACCAUAUGAAAACAUGGAGGCUGAAGGACACAGGUACCAAAUUUUCAAAGAUUGCUAUCCUGAGAAUUAUUCCAUCGCUUGUAUGGCUGUGAAAAUAUUGCCACCACCACCACGAUAUCAGCCAUCGAUAAAGUCUGUCUCUCUGCAUACACAGAAGCCGAAGAAGCGCAAGAAGACCAGGAAGAAGAAAUAGCUGGUAUUUUCAUUUAUUUUCAUUUAUUUUCAUUUAUUGUCAUAAAAUAUUAUACACAUUCUGUUGUUUUUAACAAUAUCGCAGUCGUGUGUACAAUUGCCGUUUACUCGAAACGAAACAUUAACAUUAAGAUAGGUACAGAUUAAAAAAAUUUAUCUAAUGUCUCGCGUAGUUUGUACAACUGUACAAUGAGAGUUUUUCGCGACAUGCUCGAGCAUUAACAGCAGCUUACUUUUUUGAUCUCGUUACGUAGCUUCAGUACGUGAAGCAUGGUUUUUUGUAAGUUCACGGUUGACAAUGUGACGAUCGAGGACAAAGAUAUGAUUUAUGUCUGUCGUUCCACAUUAAGUUUUACGAUUUCCGACAACGCCGUACUGUUAUCGUGUACACAGUUUUCAAGCACUUUUUACAAUUCAUCUUUUUGCUGUUGUGUUCUGCCUUCGUCCAAAUCCGGUCGUAUCGGCAAACGUUCCCAGAAGCUCAUUCUAUCUGGGUUAAGGUUCUUCGACAUUUCAAUGCCAUUGUUCCCUAUACGAAGAUACUCGAGAUCCUUAGUUCUAACAGGCUUCCAUUUCACUGGUACUUCUUCUGUUACUUCCGGGGUAGGGUUUCUGGAAAAUAAUUAAUUACUCAACAGAGUGCAUGAAAAUGCAAUUGCUACUUCGUUGCACAGUGUUGUUUAAUUUUGAAAAGAAAUAUAAUGCAAUGAAGAAUCAACUUGCGAUAACUUACCCAGAACUGGCGAAGUUAUACCAGAAACUCGUUAUGAGAUCAAUCAUUUUGUAAUCCUGUUUGCUCAGUGGUAUAUCCUUGAAUAGUUCUUCCCCGACAGGGAAUAAAUAUUGAAGAUCAUCGGCAUGCGAUACUCCGUAAUCAUUGUUAGGAUCACCGAAUAUCAUACUAAACGAAGCGCUUGCUCGGUACGCCAAGUAAUAAUAAUAUACAGGAGAGGAUUGUUUUUCAAGAUAAUUAAUCACCGAAGUUUGAGCCGCGUGGAUGAACCAAGCAUCGCUGUACAUCUGUGAAAUAUUCAAAGAAACUCCAAAAAUAUUCGAUUUAAAUGACACAUUCUUUAAGAGCCAAUGUUACCAGUUGCUUUCGUCACGCAAACCUUCGAGUUCAACACGAGUCAUUGAUCCCAACAGCGAGCUGAUAAACCAUUUGCAGAGUUGCAAAUAAAGAAUACUCACAUCAAUCAGUUUGAAUCGCGUAGAAUUGUCGAUCGGUGCUUUGCCGAAAUAAAAUUCUCGUAUUUCCGAUGCCACGCGUUUCUGCUCAUCCUUAGGACACGUUUCUCCAAACAAUAACGUUAUAGGCGCAAUGUUCAGGAAAUCAUUGUUCAAUCUUUUAAUCAAUUCUCCAUUGUUCCGUGUGUAUAACCCUGAUGAAAAGAAUAAUGAUCGAACGAUUAAUUUUAAUGUGGAAGAAUAAUUGCAAACACGAAAGCGUAUAAUGAAGUUAAUCAUACCUGGUACUAUCAGGGAUCCUUCCUCGGAUGUAAUUCCUGUCAUCCAUGGAAUGUCCGAGAGACGACCAUGUUUCGACGAGAUUGCUGGGUCUUCCGUUAAGAAAGCACCCGGGUGAACAGGUUCGAUUACCGGUCUGAAGGGUAUCAUUGGGCAGUAACCAAAUACCUAAUGGAAAAACAUCUUGUUAAUAUCGUUCGAAGAUUCUUUUUAACCGAUUUCAAAAAUGAAGCUUCUGUAUUCGAUAAUAAGUCUUCAUUGCAUAAUUAUCUUAAUUUUGAUUAAAAAGUAUAUAUUUUAAAAAUUUAUAUACAGUAAAAUUUUGUAAUAUUGCAAAUUUGCAUCCAUGUUUUCGUAGCAUAUUUGCAACACAAUGCAACGAAGUUUAUUAAGUAAUCCAUUUGCGCUGAGCGCGGCACUUUGAAUUUUUAUCCUAAGAUUUCCAUUUCUCGAGGAACGCUGAAAGACUUACAAUGAAAUAUCUCAAUUGCCGCGAAGAUUUAAGCGUUUCAUUUGAAUUAUUAUUCAAACCACCGUGAAUGCAUUCAAACGUCAGGUUUCAAAGUAGAAACUCCUCAAAGGACAAACGCAGUCGAUUUAUCGCUUCAUUUUAUACACUAUACGCUUUCACUUCCAGUCGCGUUAACACACUUCCUUGUCGUGAAAUCGUUUCAUACCGGUAUUUUCCUGUUACUUUAUACAGUUUAUUUCACGAAAAACACGCGUUGUUCGGUUAAAAAUUACGAACAUUUCGCGCUCAUCGAUUUUCGUUGGGAACGUAAAACGCAAGCAGGAAUAAAGUAUAAGAAAUUUAGAUAAUUAUAUUCACGAAUGCAUGAAACUGGUUUUUCCAGAAGUUGGAACCACUAUUUAGUAGUCACAAGUACGAGUUAUUUCGCUAGGUGAUAUUAGAUUUCCGAUAAUUUUCUGACGGGAAAAUCAUUCCACGAAAUGUCGAGGCAUUCCAUUGAAAAUUUAAUUGAAUCAACUUUGAAAAACAAUUUCGUAAUCAGUUGAUUAUAUCAUAAUUAAUACCUAAUAUAAUCAAUAAAACUAGAAUACAAAUUUAAACAUGACGUCGAUCAUUAAAGUUGUAACAAGGUAUGCUUGUUAAUUAACCAGUGAGAGAUAAGAAUUUGUAGGAAAAAGAAAUUUAUUCAGGAGUCGAGGGUUUAAUUAUGGUGUUAAUUAACGUAAACAUUAUCACGGUAACAAUGAGUGUAAGAAUGUUAAGUACACAAGUCGAGUAUGAAUUUUCAGCGAGAAAUACAAAGGAAUGUAUCGUAUCUGGUUUUAAUAGCGCAAUUAUAAGUUAUGAAAUCGUGUAGUACUACUACGACUGGAUUUUUACAUUAUUCUUGAUUUCAAUAUACUUAUAUAAUAGGAAUCAAUUUACAGACCGGACCGUCAUUUGUUUUAAACGCACGGCGGUCGAUUUCAAUGCCAGGGUAUAUGCCUUGUGUAAUUAUUAACGUUGUACAUAGUAAAGUCUCGUUAAUCCAAACUUGCUUGACUGGAUAUGUACUCCAUUAAUCUCAGAUAUGUACAAUGGAAGAAGAAAUUAAAUGAAGAUCACUGUUUCUGCAAGUUCGUUAAUAUAUUUGUAUCGAUGACUUGCAAAAUCUACGAGGAAAGAUUCUUAUCAAAUAUUAAUUUAUUCUUCUUCCUCACAAUAUCGUGUUUCUUCUGAGAAUUUUGGUAAUUUUUUUUUAACAACCGGUUUCAACAUUAGUUAUAUCAAAGAAGUCUAAAUUGUUAUAUUAAAUAUAGAAAUUUAAUAAGCUCUAAAGUUUGAUUAUAAUAUUAAAUCCUGCAUUCAAUUUUACUUUAAAGUUAUGUUUUUUGAAUUAUUCGUGGAAAAGAGCAUUAUAUUGAAAUUCAGAUUAAUAGACCUUCGCUAUAUUUUCACAUGAUUAUUAAAUGGUACAAGGACACUUUGGUUUCGCUAAUUUUUUUGUGAAACAUUCGUAACACGCUUACUUAUGCAUGAAAGGAUUAAACCUUGGUAAAUCAUAAAAUUGUAUAAUUGAACAGCUGUCUGAAGUGCAUAUUAAUGUGCAGAUAUGUAAAUAAUAUAAUACAGAUAGACAAGCUUGUAAUACCUGACUCAUAAAGUGAUAAUUAAAAUAAUUAACGAUAAGUAUCAAAAGAUGAUUGAUUAUAGGAUAAAUUAUAAUUUAAGUAACAAUGUAUCAAUCUUCCAGACAAAUUAAUAUCCGCGAUAAAUGGUUUCUCUUUAAAUCUAAAUUUAGAUUAAAAAUUCAAAGCUCAUAGUAAUUAAAUCUGACUUUGAAAUUUUAUUAUCAUCUAUAUCUCUUGAAAUAAGGUUUAGUUUUUGUCAGUGAAUUAUUAUUGUAUUUUAUGGUCUGAUAAAUAAUUGCAACUUACUUGAAAAGCACGAUCGGUGGCAAUAAUAUCGACGGCAUUUUUCUUACGAAGACAAGCGAGCAGCUGUUUCGAGUCUGACGGACAAUCCAAAAUUUCAGCCAACUUUAGAGCCUUCUUUUUGGGAGAACCUGGUUUUGCCAGAGCCCAUGGACAGUGGCCAUUACCGCUUUGUGAGAUAGCCCGAUGAAAAAGUCCUGUUCGGAACCGUGUAGAAUUGGAGAAAAAUAUUAAAGAAUAACUAGUCCGCCUGUUUUUUUAAAUGCCAAUUCCAAAUUACGUUUUUCUUUGGUACGCGUGUUCUGAAUUCGAAGUAGUUACUCAUGGGAAUCCUGAUUCACGGUAAUUUAUUCCUACUAUCCGCGGGUUUAAUAUACCGGUUACAUAAUGUAUUGUUCUUUGAGCUUAUCAAAAUGGAAAAAUUGUGCCAUGUAUACUGUAACACGGAUUACUAUGAAAACUUUUAUGACUAACACCGCGAUUCAUACAUUAAUUGCUUCGACUUCUUUUCCUUGUUGCGAAAUGUCGAAGCUAUUACCAGUUUCAUCGUAAAACAGUAUCAUUAUCGUUUAACAGAUAAUUAUUACUAACCUUUGCUCAAAUUACUCAUCAUGUGGUAAUGAACACUGGCUCCUCCCGCGCUCUCUCCAAAAAUAGUUACACGAUUUGGAUCACCCCCAAAAGCAGCAAUAUUUUCGUGUACCCAUCUAAUGGAUUGCGCUUGGUCCUUUAGUCCAUUAUUUCCAGGACACACUGUGUCUUCGGUGCUCAAAAAUCCCAGUGGUCCCAGUCUGAAAAAUGACAUUAAUUAAUAUUGAAAAAAAAAAAACAUAU